AUGACAAACUCACGGUGUUUAUUGCUACUUCUCUGGUGUUUCGAGUUGUUGAUGAUGAGUAGUCACGCCGGGGAGAUUGAGCCGCCAAAAAUCGCGAUUAUUGGAGCCGGGAUGACCGGGCUAUCGGCUGGGAGGAGGUUGAUGGAGUUGGGGCUACGAGAUUUCGACAUUUUUGAGGGAGCUGAUCGAGUCGGUGGGAGGAUUCACUCGAUUCCAUAUCAUGGUGGAUAUCUCCAAAUGGGUGCCCAGUUUAUUAACGGAGAAGCGAAUCCGUUGUACAAGAUCGCCGCUGAGUUCGGGCUCAUCGAGGGGGAAUUGUCAGAUUUAGCGCAUUUCACCGAAUCGCUUUAUCCGACAGGGAAAUGCUCGAUGGACAGAAGCGAUUUCCAACUGUUCAUGGACUUCAUCGAGCCAUUGGACACAAAAUAUCGGACACUCGCUGAGAUGAAUCAAACAAUCGCCCGGUCACACUCGAUGAAAAUGCUCUACGAUGAGGAUUUCGCGAGAUUCGUUCAGAAAAACGAGAUCUUCGGUCAGCGCUUGAAUUUCUUCGAGGCUUUGUCAAGGCCGUACAGAAGCUAUUGGGAAUUUGAGUGGUCCUCGGAUUGGGGAGAUCAAAGUUUGAGUAAUUUGCGAGAUUGGGAUGAUCGGGGAGCGAUCGGUGUUUCGUAUACGACGACGAAAAUCGGAUAUAAAGGAAUCAUUGAUUUUAUGGCGGCUCAAUCUCCAGAAAGGAAUAUUCACUUGAAACAUCGAAUCAAGAACAUUCAGUAUGACGGCGAGAAAAUCGAGUUAUCUCUGGACAAUGGAACGCGUCUUGCCACUCAAUACGACUACGUGAUUGUUACAACAUCUUUGGGCCAUUUAAAAAGAUUCUCAUCCACUCUUUUCACUCCACCACUCGGACGUUUCAAGCAAAAGUUGAUCGAUGCUAUUGGUUUCGGUGGAUCGUGCAAGAUUUUCUUGCGUUGGGAGAAUCCGUGGUGGUUGCCUGGCACGCAUUCGAUUGCUCCACUUCCGAUAAAAGGUUGUCCCGGACGAGAGCGAAAUAUCGACAUUUUUGAGGAGGAAAUGACCACUUUACAGACAGUCUCCUGGGAAGAGAACACAUUGAUGGCGUGGAUCGCCGGCCGAGGACAUCGCUACAUGGACUCACUGAGCGAUGAGGAGAUUAUUGAGAGAACGACGCGAUUGAUUCGAUACGUUUACAAUAAUGAAACGAUUGAGAAACCGUCAGAGAUUGUGAGAACGAAAAUGACGGAAAACGAAUUGUUGUUGGGCGCCUAUUCGUACGUGAGUCAAAAGCAGGCGGCCGCCGGGUUGAAACACGGCGAUUUGGGUAUGCCUGUGAAAUUUGCGGGCAAUUUGAAAGUGCUCUUCGCCGGAGAAGCGACGCAUUACAGAAUGUUCGAAACAGCGGUGGGCGCGUAUCAAUCAGGACGACGGGAAGUGGAUCGUUUGAUUGAUGAUUGGAAUCUUCGUCACGGCAUCACACACAGAGUCGACCCUGCCAGCUCUCGAAAAGUCAAGAAUCAAAGUGUUGUCGACAAAAAACAUCGAAUCUCUUCAGUGUGUGCAAAUCGAAGUGAUGGCCAUUGCCAUCCACAA